AUGUCUAGGGCCCAGCUGUACCGCGAAUACAAGCUCGUUGUCGUUGGUGGUGGAGGUGUCGGCAAAUCGGCACUCACAAUCCAGUUUAUUCAGUCCCAUUUUGUCGACGAAUACGACCCCACUAUCGAAGAUUCGUACCGCAAGCAGUGCGUAAUCGACGAUGAGGUUGCACUGCUCGACGUCCUCGACACUGCUGGCCAAGAGGAAUAUGGAGCGAUGCGCGAGCAAUACAUGCGGACAGGAGAGGGCUUUUUGCUUGUAUACUCGAUCACAUCCCGCAACUCGUUUGAAGAAAUCAGCACGUUCCACCAGCAGAUCCUGCGAGUCAAGGAUCGCGAUUCGUUCCCUAUGAUUGUCGUCGCCAAUAAGUGCGACCUGGAGUAUGAGAGGCAGGUUGGAAUGAACGAGGGGCGCGACUUGGCCAAGCAUUUCAAUACCAAGUUCAUUGAGACGUCUGCGAAGCAGCGCAUCAACGUCGAUGAGGCGUUCACCAACCUUGUCCGCGAGAUCCGCCGAUACAACAAGGACCAACAAGCUCGUCCCGGAGGAACUUCCAGUGGCGGACCUCAGCGUAUGGACGCCGAGGAAGGUACCGCUGAUGGCGGUUGCUGUGGAGGCUGUGUGGUCGUCUAA